GUUAGCUUCCAAUAUCAUAAUAAAAUCCACAACUAUAUCAUAAUCACAGCCAAUAUUUUAAAAAAGAAAUCGUCUGAAAAGCCUGUUUUUUAUAUAAAUAUUAGAACUUAGAAGAGUGCAAUAAUGGAAUGCAGUGCGUUCCAUCACCUUUGUUGAACUCCAACAUCAAAAAGCUCAAAGUACAGAUUUUUUUAAGCUUCUUCAGAUCUUGAGAGCAAGAAAAGAAAAGUGUUUGAACCGAGAAAUGAAGCCUCUUUGGUUACCUACCAGUACCAGUGGAUCUGUUGUAGCAACCUUACUCCUGUUACUGUUCUCUUGCACCACAUUCACUUCCACAGAAGCUUAUGAUGCACUUGAUCCAACUGCCAAUAUAACAAUCAAAUGGGAUGUCAUAACCUGGACUGGAGAUGGCUAUAUUGCUGUUGUUACAAUGUACAACUUUCAACAAUAUCGCCAUAUCCAGGCGCCGGGAUGGACCUUAGGGUGGACAUGGGCAAAAAGGGAAGUAAUUUGGAACAUGCUUGGAGGCCAAACCACAGAACAAGGGGAUUGUUCAAGGUUCAAAGGGAGCAUCCCACAUUGCUGCAAGAAAGAUCCAACUGUAGUGGAUUUACUGCCAGGAGCACCUUACAAUCAGCAGGUAGCAAAUUGCUGCAAAGGCGGCGUCUUGAAUGCGUGGGCUCAGGACCCUGAAACUGCAGUUGCUUCGUUCCAACUCAUUGUCGGUUCGGCUGGAACAACUAACAAAACUGUUAGAGUGCCGAAAAAUUUCACCUUGAGAGUGCCGGGCCCAGGUUAUACUUGUGGCCCUGCAAAGAUUGUGAGACCAACAAAAUUUAGCACCAAUGACAAGAGGAGAACCACUCAAGCCAUGAUGACUUGGAAUGUUACCUGCACAUAUUCUCAAUUCCUGGCUCAAAAGACUCCAACUUGCUGUGUUUCUCUCUCAUCAUUCUAUAAUAAUACAAUAGUAAAUUGCCCAACUUGUACCUGUGGCUGUCAAAACAAAACAGAACCUGGAAGCUGUGUAGAUCCAAAGUCUCCGCAUUUAGCUUCAGUCGUUUCACCACCAAGCAGAGCUUUGAAUCCACCUCUAGUUCAGUGUACAAGCCAUAUGUGUCCGAUUCGAGUGCACUGGCACGUCAAGCUCCAAUACAAAGAGUACUGGAGGAUCAAGAUCACAGUCACAAAUUUCAAUUACAGAAUGAACUAUUCACAAUGGAACCUUGUUGUUCAGCAUCCCAAUUUUGACAAUGUGACACAGGUUUUCAGCUUUAACUACAAGCCACUGACACCUUAUGAGGGCUUAAAUGAUACAGGUAUGCUGUGGGGUGUGAAGUUCUACAAUGAUUUGUUGGUUUCAGCUGGAGCAGUUGGGAAUGUGCAAUCAGAACUGUUAUUUAGGAAAGACAAAUCAAGCUUCACAUUUGAUAAAGGAUGGGCAUUCCCAAGAAGGAUCUAUUUCAAUGGAGACAACUGUGUCAUGCCACCUCCAGAUGCAUAUCCUUGGCUACCAAAUGCAAGUUCAACACUAGUUCUCUCUUUGCUAAGUUCUCUCACUCGGAUUCUGGCUUCUUUUCUAGUCUUAUCAUUUACAUGUUAAUGGUGAUGGGAU